AUGGCCGUCAACGCAAAACCACUUGAUGCUAAAAAUGGCAUGAUCGAAGCCGAGUUGAACGACGAUGACGAGGAGGAAGAAGAAGAGGAGGAGGAGGACGAGUCAUUCGUGACGUCACUGAAGCAUCGCAUCGUGAUUCUUGCGCCAGAGAAAAAGACCGACAUCGUAAGCUCUGUAUCCUCUUCCGAAGCAGACGUGGCUGUUUGUGCAGGUGAACAGCGAUCGUUGACUGGAGUCAAAGCGACUGGACAGCUAAUGUUAGAAGGGAUGAAGGUCGAAACCCAGCAAUCAAAACUUUCACAGGUUACGGUAAGAGAGGCGUCGUCGGAACAGGCAAAGUCUAUGAAAAUCAAGAUGUUUGGCCAACAGGUUAACGUCACCCAGGGAAGCAAUACCGAAAUUACCGUCGAAUCGUCACGAACACUGACCACCAGCAACACGGCCGGUGGUCAGAUGCCUGCACAAAAAAUGAUCAAGAAGACAACGAGAGAAUCGGCUCUGUUGAUUGGCGGAUGCACCGAUAACGGUAUGCUGGUUGGUGGUAUGUGUGAGAAAACUACCGUGGCACAGGACAACGCAGUCGAUGUCUUACAGCUUCAGAAGGCAACCCUGAGAGAGGAGCAGUUAAAGCCACAAGUCGAGGAGCAGAAGACGGAAGAGCGGAAACUGGAGGUUGUAGGGAAAACUGAGUCAAGAGGGAGCAAGACGCUCGAGGAGAAGAUCCCAGUGUCACAAGAUGUCCAACCCUGUGCCGAACGAGCCUCAGAGACAGGCGCUGAGGCAUCUCAAUCACAGACCGAUGAAUCGACGAUGCAACAGACCACGGUUAAUGAAACUACGGUUCAACACGAGGUCGCCGGAACGAAGGCUGAACAGCAACAAACUGUCACGGCCACCUCCAAGGUCAUAACCGAAAAUCAGGUUUGUGAACCAGUUGUUACGGAGACCGUCAAAAACGAAGCGACGCUAGAGAAAGUUGCUGAGUCAACUGACACCGAACCUCAACACGGGGCUGAGAAAGUUGCUGUAGGGAAGGAGGUGGCAAAUGAAGAAAAGUUGGCCAGUGCCGAACACCAAGUUUUACUUCAAACGGUAUCUAACUUGGUCGAGAAAGAGGUGAGACUCGAAACUGAACGUUCGAACGAAGAGGACCAGAUUUCAGACAAAGCCAUCGAACCUGGUACCGCAAGCAACACUGCGAAUGCGAAGAUUCCGGUCGAAUGGCAAGACCAAGGAACCGUUGAAAUCAGUGUUAAUUUGUCGAACACUAUCACUCCCGCGACGCAGCCCUUAACAGCAGCCCAGGGUGCCCCCAGUACACUCGAAGAUCAGCUGAAAGAACUGGAACACGCAACUGUUACUACACACGUGAUCGAAACAACCGGAAAAACGGAAGAAUGUGCCGGAUUAGACCAAACUUCUACGAGCGUGACUCAGGUGGUGCAAACGACGACUAUGCCACAAGGGACAGCUGCCGGCAUCACUGCUUUGCCGGAAGCAUCGCCUAAGGUGCCGUCAGAAACGACGGUUUCCGUCGUACGAACGGGGCAGUCGGAGGUCGAACAAGUCAUUAGCCACCGAGCAGCAGAAGGUGAAGCUAAGAUGCAAGACGAGGAAACGAAAAUUCUCCCAAGCCACGCUGCUGCGGAGUUUCACCGAGAACAGCCUCCUGCUACUGUUCUUGCAAACCAGACGACCGUGGAAAACGUUGACGAAGAAUGCCUGAGUCUCCGUCAUGAACAAGAAACGAUUCAAGCGGGGACAGCUGUGGCGCAGCAGAGUACUGCCGCCAAAGAAGGUAUAAAAAUUGACGUCGAAUACGAAACUGUUCCGGUCAAUGGUCAGCAGGAUAUUCCUGUACAGUUUGUCAGAGCGGACAUGACCGUUCAGCCGUCAGCGAUUGAGGAAACGACGAAGCAACAGAAGCAAACCGCUGUCAGCGAAAGGCGGGUCAUCAGCGUGUCUACUGAGGAACAUGCAGCGGUUGCAGGAGGCACAAAAGUCAUGGUCGAGAGCGAAACUGCCCUUUCUCACGUUGACGCCGAAGUUCCUAUCCAGUUCGUCAGCGUAGAUACCACGGCGGCUAAGGCGGCCCAACCACAGCUGUCAGAGACAGUCAAAACGACCACUGUCGGAACUGAUGUCCACAAGAGUGCAAGCAAAGCCGUAUCAGAGUCUUCUGAGGAGCAGAAUCGGACAAAAGAAACCGGGCUAACUGCUCGAGUGCCAACUACCAAACAAGUAGUCGUUGCGACCUACGGAGAAACGGAAACUAAAUCAACUUUGGAGCAGACACCAGCGGCUCCCGUCGACAGAGUCGAGCGUGAGUUCUCAGAAGUUGGAGCAACAUUGGCUAAUGUUGAAAGCGAAAUUGCUUCUCAUUUUAACCUGCAGAAUAUGGCCGCAGAACAGAGUUGGAAACAAAGCGGGCAGUUCGUACAAACUUCAACAAUACCGUCCAUGGGGGAGGUCGUUCAGAGUACCAAGCGAAUAGCGGAAGCAGUUCUGAAAGGAGGCGAAACAACGACCGAGGUUCUUCACUCUCGUGAAGAGGCCGAAAGCGAAAGUCAACGCAAUAGUUCGUUGUCGAAGAGUGUGAUUACCAAACAGCAAGCGCCUGUUGAAAGCUUGCUUUACACCACAACCUUCGACCACGAGGUGAUGACUGACAGCAUCAAAACACCGACGGCAGUAACCGAGCCAGCAGCAAAAAUUGUUGUAAAGACAGAAGAGAAACCCGGUGAAACGGAUAUGUCUGCCACUGUGAAACAAGUCAAAGAGACUCUAAUCAUAGAAGAUCAAGUGUCUACGCAGCAUCAAGAAAUAAUACGCUUCCGAGACGACGGCACGGUACUGUUGGAUAUUACAAAGGAGGUCCCUACUGAUCAGUCAGCGAUAAAGCCGGAAGAACCGAAGGCAGUUCGACAACCAAAACAGCCGAAACGAUCUGAGGACGUAAGAAAAGGUGGACUGUUGAAAACCAAGGACGAAAGCAGUUGGAUCAAGCGUGACGUGUCCCCGUCACCUGUCGCAACGAGUCACACACCGUGGGCAAAUCGAGUACAAAACAGGAGGAAGCAAAUGGCCGAAUCGUUCUUAGCAAAGACCGAGUCAAGUGUUAGCAAACAGACUGAACGUGGUCACAUGAUCAGCAAGUUUACGACUAGUCAACAGCAGGAAGCAAGCCCAAGCCAUUCACUGAAGCAAGGAGUUACUUCUACAUGGACUCGAAGGGAGCAGACGACAGGUCAUUUACAACCUCAACUAAGCACAGGCAUGACCGAGUCCAAGACAGCGGAACAACAGAUAUAUCAGACGCACUCUGAGCCCAGACAAAUCCCAACAGCGACUCAAUUCAUGCAGAAAGAACAACAAGUGUUUCAGAGGCAUCCUCAGCAGACUAUUGGAAGAAUGGCCGAGUUUGUUACACAAGAGCAGCAACAGGCAACCCAAAUGAUGAAGCCUCAUCCAAGGAAGUUUGUCUCCCAUUUUGUACAACAGGAACAACAGAUCAUCCAGAUACCACCGCAACAAACCAGAGGAACGACAUCGUUCACGAGUCACGAACAGGAAAUCUCAGAGAUUCAGCCACAGCACUGCAUCAUUCACAACGGGUAUCCGAAGGGCACCUCGGCUCAAGUAGAGGUGCAGCAAGCUGCUAAAAAGCAGCCACCCCCGGUGCCCACUAAACGGGCCAUGUUUCAGGCCCAAGGAUUGGGCAACGAAGGGCAAGACAACAUUUCACAGAUAAAGCAGCAAACGACCACCACCAGUGUGAGCUACUAUCAGUCGUCCAUGGUCGAAAUGGAGCAGCGUGCCUCCGGCCAGGACACACAACACCAGAGACAAGCGAGGAGUCCUUUCCGCAACGCCAAGGCGGUCGACACCGGUUUGAACCGCAGUGUAUCCCAGAACGUGGAAGAGACCGAGAGCCGGCUUGCGACCGGCUUCAGAAAAUUCCCGCGAGGGAAACUGCAAAAAAACUGGCCACCGAAGUGA